UAUUAAAAAUAGAUGGGUAUGACACGUAAUAAAUAAGAAAUCAACAUUUAAACAAAAUAAAAAUAAUAAAUAAUUAUUUUUCCUUUUUACCCAAAAUUUUACUUUGCAUUUACCAGCCCUCCAUUUCUCCUUCAGCCGCCGCUUUAUAUUUACAUUUACUUUUUACCUCUCCAAUGGAACCACCACUUACCGACGGCGCCGUCCGUUCAUCAAACGACGUCGCUUCUUUCGCCGUUAACCUUUCUCCUUUUCCCCAAUCAACAACUAACGCCGUUUAUCAAACUUCCGUUAUUCCUCCGCCGGAAAUCGGCCAACUUCCGGUCCGAAAGCUCCGUCCAGUACGCAGCUAUGUCGAUAAUAUGCCUUGUAACAACAGCAACAGUGACAGUGAUUUAGGGUUUAUGACUCAGUUUUCUGCUCAAAAUGCGCUGCCGAAAGAGUGUGACAAUGACGUCACAUGUGUAAUCAAUCAGUGCUCCGAGCUUGAUGUUUUGCCGGUUGAGCACAUGAAGACGGAAUUUCAUGCUAAUUGCUUUAAUAUAAUCUCGCAAGCUCGAAUUUUGGACGCAGAAUUUAGCAGUGAUUUAGGGUGUAUGAGUCAGUUUCCUGCUCAAAAUGCAUCUACAGUGUUGCCGAGGGAGGGUGAUUUUGUUGAUUCCUUGGCGGGGAAUGGCGUCCCCUGUUUGGGGAAUAGCUGCUCGGAGGCUAAGGCAGAGAUUUCGGCAGUUCAGCAAAUGAAGUCGGAGUUUCAUGCUGAUUGCUUGAACUUGAUCUCGCAAGCUCGUAUUUUGGAGGCUGAAUUCAGCUCAUCUUCAGAUGACAGUGAAUCAUCCGAAGCCAUUGAAGAACAUUUAAAUAGGAAGAGAAAGAGAAAAACACGAAACAGUAUUAAAUUGUAUCUUGAAGACGUGGUAAGGAGGCUAAUGGACAAGCAAGAGCAGAUGCACAAACAAUUGAUAGAGAUGAUCGAGAAGAAGGAACAUGAGAGAAUCGCCCGGGAAGAAGCUUGGAAGCAGCAAGAGGUAGAAAGGGCAAAACGGGACGGGGAGUUGAGAGCUGAAGAGACAUCUAGAAACUUGGUGCUUAUCUCUUUCCUCGAGAAUCUGUUAGGUGAAGAGUUCCAAAUUCCAAAAUCAUCGGAAAUAUCAAGCGUAGUUAAAGAUGAAGGUGAAUUUCACGGUCAAGAAGCUGAUGCAAGAUCUUCUGAUCCAUGUAAUAGGAGAUGGCCAAAAUCUGAAGUACAAGCCCUUGUAUCAGUCCGAACUUGUUUAGAUCACAAGUUCCUUAAAGGCGCUAAAGGAUCCGUGUGGGAAGAAGUAGCUGAUGGAUUGGCUAAGAUGGGUUACAUCCGGACACCAAAAAAGUGUAAAGAAAAAUGGGAGAACAUCAACAAGUACUAUAAAAGGACAAUCGACAGUGGUAAGACUCGUCCAAAAAACUACAGAUCGUGCCCCUAUUUCCAUGAAUUAGAUACACUUUAUAAGAACGGACUGCUCAACCAUGGUGCUGGAAAUUGUGUGAAGAGUGAGACAGAAAGCAAGAACGCGGAAGAGUAAAUACUGCCCGCCCCACCCAUUGUUCUUGGAUAUUUCGCGGCUAGGAACUAAUCCAGUGGAGUACACAUAAGUUUGAUGAGGAUCUCCCAAUUCUUUGGUAGCGAACCAACCGUAAUUGACUUGUUGCUGCACCUAACGUCAGGAUAGAGUAUUGGUGUUCCUUGCAAAAUUCUUCAACUUAUUUGAAUAUUCGUGAAUGCAUUUUGGCAACAAGAAUUGUCCAGUGUAGUUACAUUAGUAAGAUAUAAGAUGUUCAUGGAAUGGAGAAGCUACAUCAUUUGCUUAU